CCUCUCUUCCUCCCCCACUCCUCCUUCCGUUCCUCUCUCACCUCACCCUUCAAAAUACAAAAAUCUACACACUCCCACCUCCCCUCACCACCCACGAAGUCUUCAUCGUUCGCAACUUUCGACGACUACGACCAGAUCAUGCCGGUCACCACCGCGGACCAAGGCGCCGAGGAGCCAUCCAGGAAGAGCGUCAACCAGAUGAGCCCCAGCAGGCACCACACUCUGCUGGCUUUGCCUCCGUCGCCUUUCUCCACCCCAGUCAAGAAGAGCGUCAACCAGGCCGGCCCAAGCAGCAGCAGCGACAGAUACCUUCCGCCUCUUCCCCUCUCGCCUGAUUCAGAGUCCUCGAAGAAGAGCAUCAACCAGACGAGCCCAAGCAGCCACCACACUCUUCCGGCGCUGCCGCCCUCGCCCUUCCUCCCUUCCGAGGAUUCCACCGCAGUCGAAGGCGCCUCUGAGCCCGGCACCGGCACGGAGAGCACGUACCAGGGCAGCUCGAGCCGCUACAACCCGAUCCCGAUGCUGCGGUCCCUUCAGGCGGUCCCCCGCGGAAACCCCAAGGACCCCAACUUCAAUUCUAUCUUCGAAUUCCGCUAUAAGUGUGAUCACCACACCCUGGAGUUCUACAAAGCCCCGUUGAACCUCCGCUACUACACCCACCAGUUGUGCCCCGACUGCGAACGCAAGCGCCUCGACCACAGCCCGGUUCACAAGAUCCUUACGGCGAUUUUCGGCACUUGGUGGACUGGACCUGAACCCAAGAAUCAGAAGCCGCUCGCUCACGGUCGCGGUAAUAAGGGUAAGGGCAAGGACAACAACGAGACGCAGGGCAGUGGUCAAGGAAACAACGGCGGCGAGGACAGAACGGGUGGUGGAACUCUCAACUGGGCCCGCGGAGCUUAACUUGGUUACACCACCGAGGUACUACUGGCAUCACUGGCUCAGUAGCACCGCACAGCUGUUUAAUCCUUCGGCUUAGCUUCUGAAUCCUGUUGGCUUGUCUUCUGCGGAAAGGCU